CCAUAGAGUUGUGAACGAUUUCAAAAAGUCAUAAUGUAUCGCGCUUUCAUUGUUUUAACUGUUGUGGCUACUUUGGCUCAAGGUAGUGUAAUCAAGCCAAGAGUUCCAGAGUUGGAUGGUCGCAUUGUUGGUGGCGAGGAUACUACUAUUGAUAAAUAUCCCUAUCAAGUGUCCGUACGUCUGUUUGGCUCCCACAUUUGUGGUGGUAGCAUUGUUAACAAUCGUGUUGUAAUAACUGCUGCCCACUGUAUAUAUUCCUUCUUGGGCGCCAGCUCCUAUAGCGUACAAUAUGGUACUACUGUCGUUGGUGGUAAUAACAAUGUUGUAGCAGCUGAACGUAUUGUCAAGAAUGAAAAUUAUGAUGGCUCUGCUAUCAACAAUGAUGUGACCUUAAUUUUUUUGGCCUCUGACAUUCCCUUGGGUGCUACUGCCAAGCCCAUUCAAUUGGCUUCGCAAGUUCCUGCCGCUGGUACUCCUGCUGUUGUUUCCGGUUGGGGUACUUUGGAGGAAAAUGGUGCAGCUGCUUCCAUCUUGCAACAGGUGCCUGUUGUUAUUGUCGAUCCAGCCGUUUGCCAAAAGCAAUACAGUGGUGUUAACGAAAUUACUGAAGCGAUGUUGUGUGCAGGUGUCUCUUCUGGCGGUAAGGAUGCUUGUCAAGGUGACUCUGGUGGCCCACUAGUAGCAAAUGGAGAAUUGGUUGGUAUUGUUUCAUGGGGUGUAGGCUGUGCCCGUCCUGAUUACUCUGGCGUUUACAGUAAUGUUGCUUAUUUGAGCAACUGGAUUCAAUCUAAUUUGGCUUAAAUGUUCGCUCUUCUUUUACAUUUACGAUAAAUAAACAGUUUGAUCAACUUAAUUAAUA